AUUCUUUUAGGCGUUGUUUCGAAAGCACACAGACAAAGUUCCAAAAUUCAAGUUGGGAAAUUUUUUUCGUUUAGGACUGUAGCUGUCAGCAGCUGUACUCAGGCUCAUCAUGGUCGUCAUUUACGGUGUGGAGGAGAAGAAGACCAUUCCCAACUACAUGAAGUAUGUCAUUGGCGGCACUGCUGGCAUGAUGGGCACUUGCAUUGUACAGCCACUGGAUCUGGUCAAGACACGCAUGCAGAUAUCGGGGGCCAGCGGUAAGCGCGAAUUCAAGAACUCCUUCGACUGCAUUGCCAAAGUGUUCAAGGCCGAGGGCCUGUUGACCUUCUACAAUGGCCUGAGCGCCGGUCUGAUGCGUCAGGCCACCUAUACAACGGCGCGCAUGGGAUUCUAUCAGAUGGAGGUGGAGGCAUAUCGCAAUAAGUACGACCACGCACCCCCUGUCUUUGCCAGCAUGGGUAUGGGCAUUCUGGCGGGCGCUUUCGGUGCCAUGUUUGGCAAUCCCGCCGAGGUUUCCCUCAUCCGUAUGAUGUCGGACAAAUCGUUGCCAGUAGAUCAGAGGCGCAACUACAAGAACGUCAUCGAUGCGUUUAUACGCAUCUCCAAGGAGGAGGGAAUUCUCGCCCUGUGGCGCGGCUGCAUGCCAACCGUGGGCCGUGCCAUGGUGGUCAACAUGGUGCAACUGGCGUCGUAUUCGCAGCUAAAGGGCUACUUCCAUCAGUACAUCAAUGAGGGCUUUUUGCUCCACCUGGCCGCAAGCAUGAUGUCUGGCUUCCUGACGACCGUGGCUUCCAUGCCGCUGGACAUGGCCAAGACGCGCAUCCAGAACCAAAAGGUGGUGAACGGCAAGGGCGAAUAUAGCGGCACCUUCGAUGUCCUGUUCAAGGUGACACGCAACGAGGGAUUCUUUUCGCUGUGGAAGGGCUUCACCCCCUAUCUGUGCCGCAUUGGUCCGCACACGGUCUUUGCCUUUGUCUUUCUCGAGCAGCUGAAUAAGGCAUACUACAAGUAUGUGCUCGGCCAGUCAAGCUAUGGCCCGGGCAUUUGAUUUGACUGAAUGCUCAACUAGUGACUAAAUCGAUUGGCAGUUUGCGUAGCUCUUAGUUAAAUUUAUCCAAGAAUCCAGGAGCACUAUGAAAUAGCAUUUAGGCCCUUGAAAUUUCCAGCAAAAAUGCAACACAUUUUCCAUUAAAGAUCGAUCUACAGAGUU